AUGCAGACCUGUGGUCCUCCUGAUGGAGGUCCCCUGCCAGGACUCGUGGCAUCCCGCAUCGAGACCUAUGGCGGCCGGCACCGGGCCUCUCCACAGAGCCCUGUGGUCAGCCUCCUUCCCCGAGGAGGCGUGGUGCUGGAUCCCGGUCUGCGCCACCUGCAGCAGUAUAACCCGCUGGCGAAGGCCCGAAACCUCUCUCCCUUGAAGUUACGAGACCCUGAGCCCUUGAAGAGAUAUGGGGACCAUCUGGCAGUUGGCCCACCUCACUCCCCAAAACUUAAGGAAGUCACCAAGGCCCACGAGCUGGAGAAGAGGCUGCACACCUUCAGCAUGUUCGGGAUGCCCCGUCUGCCCCCCGAGGACCGACGGCACUGGGAGAUAGGAGAGGGUGGUGACAGCGGCCUGGCCAUAGAGAAGUCCUGGAGGGAGCUGGUGCCUGGGCACAAGGAGAUGAGCCGAGAACUUUGCCACCAGCAGGAGGCGCUGUGGGAGCUGCUGACCACCGAGCUGAUCUACGUGAGGAAGCUCAAGAUCAUGACGGAUCUCCUGGCAGCCGGACUGCUGAACCUGCAACGCGUGGGGCUGCUGACAGAAGUGUCGGCAGAGACUCUAUUUGGAAAUGUCCCCAGCCUGAUCCGAGCCCAUCGCAGCUUCUGGGAGGAGGUGUUGGGUCCCACCCUGGAGGAGACACGCGCCUCAGGCCAGCCUCUGGACCCCGUCAGCAUGCAACAUGGCUUCCUGACGUUUGGCCAGCGCUUCCAGCCCUAUGUCCGCUACUGCUUGCGAGUGAAGCAGAUCAUGGCUUACGCCCGGGAGCAGCAAGACACAAACCCUCUCUUCAAUACCUUCGUGCAGUGGUGUGAGAAACACAAGAAUUCAGGGAGGCAGAUGCUGGGCGACCUGCUCAUCAAGCCUCACCAGCGCAUCACCAAGUACCCGCUGCUGCUCCAGGCUGUGCUGAAGAAGAGCCCCGAGGCUCGAACCCAGGAAGCCCUGGGAGCCAUGGUCGCAGCCGUGGAUUCUUUCCUGCGGCACAUCAACGGGCAGGUCGGCCAAGGCGAAGAGCAUGAGAGCUUGCUGACCGCCACCCACCGCCUUGGACCCUACGAGGUCCUGGAGCUGUCCAGUGAGGAGGUGGAGAAGCAUCUUCGCCCGUUCUCAACCUUGGACUUGACAUCCCCCAUGCAGGGGGUAGGAUCUGAACACACCAGACAGCUGCUGUUCGAAGGCCCGGUGCGAGUGAAGGAGGGCCGAGAAGGCAAGCUGGAUGUAUACCUAUUCCUCUUCUCGGACACGCUGCUGGUGACCAAGCCUCAACGCAAAGUUGACAAAGCCAAGGUCAUCCGCCCCCCUCUCAUGCUGGAGAGGCUUGUAUGCCGGCCACUGCGAGACCCUACCAGCUUCCUGGCGAUCCACCUCACUGAAUUCCAGUGUGUCUCAAAUGCCCUGGUCGUGCACUGCCCCGGUUCAGCAGCUCGUGUCCGGUGGCUGGAGAGGAUCCAGCGGGCCCAGGCCACCCUGCAGAAACUGAAAGCAGAAGAGUAUGUGCAGCAGAAGAGAGAGCUGCUGGCCCUCUACCGAGAUGGAGACCAGGACCGGGAAUCCCUGAGCACCAGGCCCUCCACGCCUUCCCUGGAGGGCUCUCAGAGCAGCACUGAGGGGAGGAUCCUCCAGUUCUCAGCCGUCACCCCCCACCUGGUGGUGACAGUAGACUCUGACGAGGACACUCCCUGCGUUCCUGAUGAUGCCUCAGACCCAGGCUAUGGCACUUGGAGUCCCAGCUCCCCCAAGGAGUUCCACUCUCCACUCAACCGCCUGCGCUCCAAGGCCUUCCGUGUCCGGCGGGACCCCCGCCUCACCUCCUCCACCUUCGAACUCCGGGACGUGCCCUUGCGGCCCCACCCUUCUAACCCCAAAGCAGCUCAACGCCUUAGCGCCCCAGAACUCCCCGAGGAGAUCCCCACAGGAGGCCACCUCCUACCCGGGGCAGAAUCACUUUCCCCCUGGUCUGAGGAUAACGAUGGAGCCUCCAUGGGCGAGAACGUGGUGGCGGAAACCCUGCACAGGGCCCGGCUUCGGGACCAGCUCUGUCCUUCCCCUGCCCACACCGACUCUGCCGGGGAAAGCCCUUGGGAGGAGUCCUCUGCUGAAGAGGGAGAGGAGGAAGAGGAGGAGGAGGAGGAGAGGCCUGCAUUCCCCAAGCCCGUCCGCCCUCAGCGCAACCGACACCCCCAUGCCGAGGACAAGCUCCGGAAGAUCCGGGAGGAACUGGCCUCACAAAGGAUCGAGGGGGCCACGGAGCCGGGGGACAGCCAGCCUCGGAAGCUGACACGCAGCCAGCUGCACAGGAUGCGGACCCCGCAGGUCAUUCAGCUGGACACGCCCCUGUCCACCUCGUGA